AUGAAAGGCCCUGGUCUCAAGCAAUACAAAGAAAAGGUUGCAUCCGAUGCACGAAAAAAUAUUGAAAAACUUGGAGAACAUGUCCAUGGGUUUUUUGGAAAUCUGUUUGAACGAAGAGAUGAGAAUAGCGAAAUCGGAAGUAGUAGUAAUGCCUGGAGUUGGCUAAGAGGGACGAGCCAAGUGAGUACAGAAAUCAACAAUGGAACAGAAGUGCAGAGUGAGAAUGACGUUAGCAAAAAAGAGAAAGAUGAGCAGAUAGAGGCUACAAGCAAUGAGGAGGAAAUAAACGAUAGGGUGAGAGAUGAAAAAAAUUUAAGGCACGACAGAAGAGGGUAUCCAAACUUUGGUGGUAUUUUAACGGUCAACAAUAGAUCAAGACAAGCAAGAUGGAGAGAAAGACAAAUACAAAACAGAUUCGCUUUUGCAUAUUGUUUAUCUUUAGCGGCUAAUAUUGGUGAGGUACUUGAAAGCAAUGAUCACUUUUGGAAAAUUCAAGAAUUGUUGGAUCCACUACAACAAGAUAUUGUACGUCGAACAAUACUCACACAUCAAGGAAGACAAAAAUUGAUAUCAAAUAAAGAGAUGAGAGCAAUUCUUAACACGGCUCCAAGAAAACAUGAAAGAGCAUUUUAUUUAUAUGUUAGCACUGCAGUUGCUCAUUUAAGAUCAUUGGAUGAAGAAGAACGAUUAUUUGUUCUCAAAUUGGAAAGAAAGGCCAAGAGGAAGAUUGCGGAAAGAAGAGCGAAGAGAAUUAACGAAGAUAUCCAGGAACAAAAUAAGAGACGAAAAAAGGAAGAUGUUCAAGAAGAUAAAUAA